AGGGUAGCAUUAUAUAUAUAUAUAUAUAGAUAUGUGAUCAUAAUUCAUAAGAUUUGUAGUUCAUGCUUACAAACAGGUUCCCGAAGGUUGCAGAGCUUCUUAGUGUUUGUUGGUUUGACAUCCAUGGGAGGAUUAAAACUCGCAUGCUGUCUGCAAAAACACAUUAUAAGGCUUACCUUGUGUUCAAACUGGGGCGUGAAUCUUACGGAUUUACAGAUGAACCUAUAGAAGCCACUGUUCGACACGGUAACACUGAAGUUUCAAAGCAAACAGUAUAUGUGCAGCGCCAAGGUGGAAUCAUAGGUGGUGGAGCGAGGGCAGAUGAUUGGUUUGAGUUGGAAUUGGGUGAAUUGCCCAAUAAAGGAGGCGAGGAUGGUGAAUUGAAAAUACGUAUCUUUCGGUUUGAUGGCAGCUGGAUGGGCGGUGUCAUUAUUCAAGGCAUCGAGAUAAGGCCAAAUUAACUAGCAGGAUUAAGAUUUUUUUUCACCUUGUGUGUUUCUAAACCCCUUUUAGAUUUUGCCACUUGGACUUUAUCAGAUAAAAUCUCCUUUUUAAAUGUGAUCCUCCCCUAUCUUGCCAAUUGCCAUUAUCUUUUUCUGUUUCAAAAGAUAAUUACUCUAUAAAACAUUAUCUUUACCUCUCCUAUCUUACCAACUCAUGUGCUGAUCUGUCAUGGGACUCAAGAUCCGAAUCUGACAUGGCUCCAAACUCCUCCAGCCAAUAAAAAUUUUACACAUGG